GAAAUCAAGAAUCUAAUCAUCCGCCUGCCCGCAAUACCUCGGGCUCAGAUCGAGCAGUCUGCCUCGAAGAAGGCUUCAAGCUCUUUGCUCUCUCCCUGCGCUACGUCAGAGCGCCGACGAUGUUGGAUCAUUUUACCAUUUUCAUGCGUUCCGGCGCAGUACUGUGGUCAAGAACGUUUACUCCCACCGGACCAGCGGCCAACGAAGCCAUUUCGGCCGUAGAUUCGCUCGUUAGAGGUGUGUUGGUCGAAGAGAGGGGAGAUGAGCAGCGGUGGGACAAGGACUCUUUUGCCCUGCAAUGGACAUUCGCGAAUGAGCUCGAGCUCGUCUUUGUUGUCGUGUACCAGCGCAUUCUGCAACUCUCGUACAUUCCUGAACUGCUGGCUCGAAGCAAGGCGCUCUUCUUGGAAUUGUUUACCCCCUUCUUGAAGGCUUUGCUAUCUCAUACGCGAGGAAGCGCUCAGCUCUCUGCGGGACUGAGCAACCGAUUCGCCUCUGGACUCAAGGAAUGGGAAAGCCGCUUCACUGCGCUAUUGCGCGAGUUAGAGCGCGGCUCGGCUCGACAACAUUUGCGCUCUGCCGCCAAGAUCGAUGCUCAAACUGGUGCGGCUGGGAGCGGCAAUGCAGGUCAGCAGGAAGACGCGGCAACCGUAUCGGAGGAGCCGGAAAAGACGUCGCACAACGAUGCAGCAGAUGUGGCAAAGAAUGUGGAAGCUUUGAAAGCGAGGCUGAAAGCGGCCGAGCUGGCUUCCAAGGGAGGAGGUAGGGGAGGAGCUGUGGGAGGUAAGAAGGGCAAAAAGGGUAAAGGCGCGGCCAAUGGAGCAGAUACACCUGGAACGAGCGGAACGGAAUCGGCAGCUGAGACACCUGGCAAGAAGAAAAAGGCGCCUUCCAAGGAGAUGAGGAUCUGGGAGGAUGGAAAGUUGACGGAUAGGAGGGUGAAUGCGCUGGAUUAUUCCAAAGGCUCGUCGAGUGGGACUGGAACACCUACACAGGAAAAGGGCAAAGGUGACGUGCUGGUGGAUGACGUCAAAGAAGGAUCUCUUCAAGGCUGGGUGGACGAAAAGAGUCUGGGAACGCGCACUGCUGAAGGUGGCUACGAAGUCGCAGAUGUCAGGCUGGGACAGAAGGAGGAGGAAGAUGAUGAAGACGAGGAGGAGGACGAAAGCACUUCCAAAGGAGGCUUUCUAGGUCGCUUCGCCGGCUUGGGAAGCAGCGGAAGCAGCAAUGCGGGCUUCUUCUCCCGACUAACGGGCUCGCACGCGCUGACCGAAGAAGAUGUGGCGCCGGCACUCUCGGCCAUGCAAGCGCACCUGCAGUCCAAGAAUGUAGCCGCGGAUGUCGCUCAGCGCUUGUGCGCGAGUGUCUCCAAGAGUCUCGUAGGUCGACAAUUGGGAAGCUUUGGCAGCGUCAAGACGGAGGUGAGAAAGGCGUUGGAAGAGUCCAUCACUCGCAUCCUCACGCCCAAGUCGAGUACGGACAUUCUGGUGGAGAUUGGACAAAAGAAGCAGAGGGGUUUGGCCGCCAUUGCCAAGAAUACCACAUCGGACCUGGAACCUUACUCGAUGGCGUUUGUGGGAGUCAAUGGGGUCGGCAAAUCCACCAGCCUUGCCAAGGUGUGCUUCUGGCUGCUGCAGAACAGGUUGAGGGUGCUGAUCGCUGCUUGCGAUACCUUUAGGUCCGGAGCGGUGGAGCAGUUGCGGGUGCACGUCAAGAACCUGAGCCAGCUGGAGGUGGGCGGAGAAAAGGUGGGCAAUGGGACAGCGGAGGGCAAGAAGAAGUUGGAGCUGUACGAACGAGGGUACGGCAAGGAUGCGGCAGGCAUUGCGAAAGAGGCGCUGGCUUAUGCCAAGAAGGAACGCUUCGAUGUCGUCGUGAUUGAUUCUGCUGGAAGACAACAGGGCAACGAACCGUUGAUGAGGGCGCUGGCCAAGUUGGUCAGCCUCAACAAUCCCGACAAGGUCAUCUUUGUGGGCGAAGCCAUCGUGGGAAACGAAGCGUUGGCGCAAGUCAAAGGAUUCGACCAGGCGCUAAAAAAUUUCGCGACGGUCUCUGCUGCCGCCAGCGGCUCGGUGGGCUUUGGAGGUUUGGAUUCGAAGAGGGAACCUAGGGGACUGGAUGCGCUGCUCUUGACCAAGUGGGACGCGGUGGCUGAUCAGGUCGGUACGGCACUGACCAUCACUAGCGCUACCGGAUUGGCCAUUGCCCUGAUCGGAACGGGACAGACGUAUACGGACCUGAGAAGAUUACGAGUGGCUCAUAUCGUCGAUGCCCUCAUGAGGCAGUAGCAGACCUCUCUUCAUCGCUCCCAACAUGACU